AUGGGCCUCCACAAUCCUCUCCCGUCGUCCGUCAAGUCGGAAUGCAAAAAGUGCGGCAAGAUCCUCGCCUCGUUCGUCAACCCCCGCCAGGCUUUCGGCCCCGACAAGGUCAUCCCGCCCUCGGUGCUCUCCAACGCAAAGGGCCUCGCGGUCAUCACCAUCCUCAAGGCCGGCUUCCUCGGCUCCGGUCGCAUCGGUAGCGGCGUCGUCGUCGCCCGCCUCCCCGAUGGCUCUUGGAGCGCCCCGAGCGCCAUCGCCCUCGGCGGCGCCGGCUUCGGCGGACAGAUCGGCUUCGAGCUCGCCGAUUUCGUCUUCGUCCUCAACGAUACCAACGCCGUCAAGACGUUUGCCCAGGCCGGCUCCCUGACGCUCGGCGGCAACGUCUCCCUCGCCGCCGGUCCCGUCGGCCGCAACGCCGAGGCCGCCGGCGCCGCCUCCCUCAAGAGCGUCGCUGGCAUCUUCAGCUACUCCAAGACGCGUGGCCUCUUCGCCGGCGUCUCCCUCGAGGGCUCCGCUAUCAUCGAGCGCCGCGACGCCAACGAGCAGCUCUACGGCACUCGCUAUACUGCCCAACAAAUCCUCACCGGCUCCGUCCACUCCCCGCCCGAGGCCCAAUCCCUCAUGGCCGUCCUCAACUCCCGCGCCUUCAGCGGCAUGCGCGCCGGCUCCAUGACUGACGACUCCAUGUACAAUGACAUCCCUGUCUACGCGAGCGAGCACGACGACGUCGUCUGGGAGGGUCGCCGCGGCAGCGCCUACGGCGAGGGCGUCCAGCGCGACCGCUCCGGCUCCGGCUCCGGCUCCUUCGGCCGCCCCAGCCGCUCAAACACCUGGCAGGACGACGUCUACGACCGCCCCGCCGGCGGCGGCGGCUUCGGCGCCCCCUCCCGCUCCAACACCUUCAGCUCGACCCGCGACAAUGACGGCUACGUCUACCGCGACAACGCGCCCACGACCGAGAAGAAGGUCGGGCCCGGGCGACCCGCCGCGCCGAAGCCCAACUUUGCCGCCAAGCAGGCCCUCAACAAGAACGAGGCUGUGGCACUCUUCAACUUUGACGCCGACCAGCCCGGCGACCUGGGCUUCAAGAAGGGCGAGGUCAUAACUGUGCUGAAGAAGACGGACAGCGACAACGACUGGUGGACCGGCAUGAUUGGUACGCGGCACGGCAUAUUCCCCAGCAACUACGUCAAGAUGAAGGAGUGA